CUCCCUCGGGGCGGCCUUCGCAGCGAGCCUGGGAAAAGGGGAGGAGGAGGAGGCGAGGAGAGGAGCGCCGAGGGGGCGGCGCGGGGGAAGCCUGCCCGCCCUCCCGCCUCCAUUCAUCGCGGCUCCGGAUUUUGCCUCUCGCCCGCCGAAGGAAGCGCCAAGGUGGGACGAAGCGGCGGCCGCGGCGCAAUUGCACGAUCGCCGCUUUCGCAGGCAGCUUCGGGAGGCUCCGGCCAAAAGCCCGGGCGGCUCUCGGGGAAGCGCCGUUUCCGCUCUCGGAGCCGGGGAUUAAAGCCAGCGGGCUGCGUGGCUUCUCCGGCUGGGUGCCCGGCCAGGACCGAUUCCGGUCCGCGGACUCUCGGCGGGCCGGGCGGGCGCAGGACCGGCGCGCGCCCCCAUCCGCCCUCCGCCUCGCCGACCCUUCCCCGGCCCGCCAGCCCGCCCUACCUCGGGGGGACUUUUCUAGAGGAAGCGGGGCCGGGAAGCCAAGCCAACAUGGAGGUCGAAGAUGCGGAUUGCUGGCUGCGGCGCGUUCCGUGCGGGCUCCUGCUGGAUGAAACCAGGCGAGGCUGAGCUGCUCUGCCCGGCCUCCCGUCGUAGCUGGAGAAGCAGGAGGCGGCGGCGGCGGCUCGGGAGCCUCCUUGGCGAGCCCCGAACCAGGCCCGGACCUUCCCCCCUCUCUCCCCGUUCCGGUCCCCCCGGUGGGCCGAGAAUUUCCCUUCCGAACCGAGCAGCCUCUCCGGAGAAGCGCUCCAGGCCUCCCCCGGCCGCCUCCCUCCCUCCCUUUUACAACCCCCCCCCGGCGGGUGGGCUUGUUUUCUUUUUUCCUUUUUGCGAGGGGAGGGGUUUAAAAGCUGCCCCCCCUCCCCAGGGAUUUGGAUUUGCUUGUCCCGGGAAAGGGGCGAAGAGCGAGGACUCAAUUGCGGGGAUCUAUUUUUUUUUUUUGUUGCAAAGGCCGUUUUGCUCCCAAUUUCGACCCGCCAAACAGAGGAAUGAAGUCUGGCGUCGGAGGGGGGUCCCUGGCCUUGGUGAGGAGGCUCCUGCUUCUCUGCACCGUGCUUUGCCUGCGGCCAGCAAAUGGAAAAAUUUGUGGGCCAAACAUCGACAUACGCAACAGUAUGGAGCAACUGAAGCAGCUGGAGGGCUGCACGGUGGUGGAAGGGUAUCUCCAGAUUCUGUUGAUCAAUCAAGGAGAGGACUUUAGCAACUUCCGCUUCCCCAAACUCACCAUGAUCACCGAUUAUUUGUUGCUAUUCCGCGUGGCUGGCCUGGAGACCCUCAGUGACCUCUUUCCGAACCUCACGGUGAUUCGGGGCAAAAACCUUUUCUACAACUACGCGUUGGUCAUCUUUGAAAUGACCAACCUCAAGGAAAUUGGUCUGUACAACUUGAGGAACAUCACUCGGGGAGCCAUCCGGAUCGAGAAGAAUUCUGACCUCUGUUAUCUCUCCACGGUGGACUGGUCUCUGAUCCUGGAUGCUGUUUCCAACAACUACAUUAUAGGAAAUAAACCGCCAAAAGAAUGUGGGGAUUUGUGUCCAGGAACGGUAGAAGAGAAACCGCUGUGUGAGAAGACUUCCAUAAAUAAUGAAUAUAGCUUCCGCUGCUGGACUUCCAACCACUGCCAGAAAACCUGUCCCAGUUCCUGUGGCAAAUAUGCUUGUACGGACCAGAAUGAAUGCUGUCAUCCCGAAUGCUUGGGCAGCUGCACCGCCCCCAACAACAGCUCGGCCUGUGUGGCUUGUCGCAACUACCACCACGAUGGCACGUGUGUUCCUACCUGCCCACUCAACACCUACAAGUUUGAGGGCUGGCGUUGCAUCACCAAGGAGAACUGUUCCCGGAUCCCUUCCUCGGAUCUACUUGGGGAAUAUGAGAGCUUUGUGAUCCAUGAGGAUGAGUGUGUACAAGAGUGCCCUCCAGGAUUUGUGCGCAACGAUACCCAAAGCAUGUUUUGCAGCCCUUGUGAGGGGCCCUGCCCCAAAGUGUGUGCAGAUGCCAAAACCAUGACCAUUGACUCCGUCACCUCGGCACAGACGCUCCAGGGAUGCACCGAAAUUAGAGGGAACCUUCUCAUCAAUAUCCGCCGUGGGAACAAUAUUGCCUCUGAGCUGGAGGAUUUCAUGGGGUUGAUAGAAACGGUGACUGGAUAUGUGAAGAUCCGGCAUUCUCAUGCUUUGGUGUCCUUGUCCUUUUUGAAGAACCUGCGGUAUAUUAAUGGAGAGGAACAACUAGAUGGGAAUUACUCAUUUUAUGUGCUGGACAACCAAAACUUGCAGCAACUGUGGGACUGGAGCCAUCAUAACCUGACCAUCAAAGAAGGGAAGAUGUACUUUGCUUUUAAUCCUAAAUUGUGUGUUUCGGAAAUUUACCAAAUGGAGGAGGUUACUGGAACCAAAGAUCGACAAAGUAAAGGCGACAUCAAUCCGAGAAACAACGGGGAAAAAGCAUCCUGUGAAAGCCACAUCCUGAAAUUUGUUUCCAACACUACAAUGAAAAAUCGGAUCAAACUGACAUGGGAACAGUAUCGGCCUAAAGAUUACAGAGAUUUGAUUAGCUUCACAGUCUAUUACAAAGAAGCAGCCUUCAAGAACGUGACGGAAUAUGACGGGCAGGACGCUUGUGGUUCUAAUAGCUGGAACAUGGUUGACGUGGACUUGCCUUCAAAUAAAGAGGACAAUCCAGGGAUUUUACUGCAGCCGCUGAAACCAUGGACCCAAUAUGCAAUUUAUGUCAAAGCUGUCAUGCUCACUAUGAUGGAGAACUACCACCCUCACGGAGCAAAGAGUGAGAUUGUCUACAUCCGCACUAAAGCUGCAGUGCCAUCCAUACCUCUGGAUGUCAUCUCAGCAUCCAACUCCUCCUCACAGCUGAUUGUGAAAUGGAACCCUCCCACUUACCCCAACGGCAAUCUGUCCUACUAUAUUGUGAGGUGGCAACAGCAGCCUCAGGAUAGUUACCUGUAUAGGCACAACUACUGCUCCAAAGAUAAAGUCCCGAUCCGGAGAUACGCGGAUGGGACCAUAGACACGGAAGAAGCCACAGAACCCACCAAGCCUGAAGGGUCUGGCAGUGAGAAAGGCCCUUGCUGUAAAUGCCCAAAGACUGAAGCAGAGAAGCAGGCCGAAAAGGAGGAAGCGGAAUACCGGAAGGUCUUUGAGAAUUUCCUCCACAACGCCAUCUUUUUGCCCAGACCUGAUCGGAAGAGGAGGGAUUUGUUCCGAGUUGCAAACACAACGUUUGCCGGUAAGAACAGGACUGGGAUCGUUCCAGAACCCUUGAGCAAUGGGACCGAUCUGGAGGAAGGUGAGAUGGAGUUUCCCUUCUACGAAGCGAAAGUGGAGGGCAAGGAACGGACCCUCAUCUCCCAGCUCCUGCCUUUCACCCUUUAUCGGAUUGACAUCCACAGUUGCAAUCACGAAGCAGCACGCCUGGGCUGCAGCGCUUCAAAUUUUUUCUUCGCCCGGACGAUGCCUGCAGAAGGGGCUGAUAACAUUCCAGGAAGUGUAACCUGGGAAGGGAAGGAGGAAAACACCAUAUUCCUGAAAUGGCCCGAGCCGGGUAACCCCAAUGGGUUGGUUUUGAUGUAUGAGAUCAAAUAUGGACAAAAUGGAGAGGAAAAACGGGAAUGCGUUUCCAGGCAAGAAUAUAAGAAACUUGGUGGAGCCAAGCUGACUCACUUGAACCCGGGGAAUUACACGGUUAGAGUGCAGGCCACUUCGCUAGCUGGGAACGGAUCCUGGACGGAGCCAAUCUCGUUCUACGUCCAACCCAAACCAGCAGACUAUGGAAACUUCCUGCAUCUGAUCAUCGUGCUCCCCAUUGCAGUCCUGCUAAUCAUCGGUGGGCUGUUGAUCAUGCUUUACGUCUGCAACAAGAAGAGGAACAGUGACAGGCUUGGAAAUGGAGUGCUGUAUGCUUCUGUGAAUCCGGAAUAUUUCAGCGCUUCGGAUGUCUAUGUACCCGAUGAAUGGGAAGUGCCCAGAGAAAAGAUUACGAUGUGUCGGGAACUCGGGCAAGGCUCCUUCGGCAUGGUCUACGAGGGAGUAGCCAAGGGGGUUGUAAAAGACGAGCCAGAAACCAGGGUGGCCAUCAAGACAGUCAACGAAUCGGCAAGCAUGAGAGAGCGGAUCGAGUUUCUGAACGAAGCUUCGGUGAUGAAGGAGUUCAACUGCCAUCACGUUGUUCGGCUUCUUGGAGUUGUCUCUCAAGGUCAACCCACCCUGGUCAUCAUGGAACUCAUGACGCGAGGAGAUUUGAAGAGUUACCUACGGUCUCUUCGCCCAGACACGGAAAACAACCCUGUUCAGAGUCCUCCGCCUUUAAAGAAGAUGAUUCAGAUGGCUGGGGAGAUUGCAGAUGGCAUGGCCUAUCUCAACGCCAACAAGUUUGUCCACAGAGAUCUGGCUGCCAGGAACUGCAUGGUGGCAGAGGAUUUUACUGUGAAAAUUGGAGAUUUUGGCAUGACGAGGGAUAUCUAUGAGACUGAUUACUACCGGAAAGGUGGAAAGGGACUAUUGCCGGUCCGCUGGAUGUCCCCAGAAUCGCUGAAGGACGGCGUGUUCACAACCCACUCGGAUGUUUGGUCUUUCGGCGUUGUGUUAUGGGAAAUCGCCACCUUAGCCGAGCAGCCUUACCAAGGCAUGUCCAAUGAACAAGUUUUACGCUUUGUGAUGGAGGGAGGCCUCCUGGAGAAGCCAGACAACUGCCCAGACAUGCUCUUCGAACUGAUGCGCAUGUGCUGGCAGUAUAACCCCAAGAUGAGACCUUCUUUCCUGGAGAUCAUCGGCAGCAUCAAGGAUGAGCUGGACCCGGCCUUCAAAGAGGUCUCCUUCUUUUACAGCGAUGAGAACAAGCCUCCCGACACGGAAGAACUAGAUUUGGAGACGGAGAACAUGGAGAGCAUUCCUUUAGAUCCUUCCUCGGCCCUCCAGCCUUCGGAUAAACACUCAGGACACAAAGCCGAGAAUGGGCCAGGCGUGGUGGUCCUCCGGGCCAGCUUUGAGGAGAGGCAGUCCUACGCUCACAUGAACGGGGGACGCAAGAACGAACGGGCCUUGCCUUUACCCCAGUCUUCAGCCUGCUGACCUUGAGAAACAGGUGGUUUUUUUGGGUUUUUGGUUUUUUUUUUUUUGCAAAUGCAGAAAUAAGGGGUUGAGCUGGGAGGGAACAAGAGCAAGCCAACCAAGUGAGAAAAUAACAAUAUAUUCAAAAGCCGACUGUACCUCAGUGGAUCUUCAAGAACUGUCAUAACUGCACACAGGAGAAUCCUCUCUUCGAUUAGAAGUCGAAAUAACUUUUAUUUUUCCUUUUUGGGGGGGGGGUUGUUUCAAUAUGCAAGCAGGAGAUUGUUCCGAGCAACAGAACUCUGUACGCGGAGCACAGUCAGCCUUCUAAAACUUUUAAUAUUAACACUUAAUAGCAACAGAAAACAAACAAACUUGAGAAUCUGAUGUGCGUCUCCCUUUCCUCUCCUUUCUUUCUGCUUCAUAAAUGGGAAACAUGUCCGUGUGAAGUUCAACUUGACACUUUUUUUGUUUCUUAAAAUCGCAUGGAAGGAGAAGGACAGGCCAACCAGCUCUCCUGCUUUCUUUGCGAGCGCUGUAAGUUGUUACAAAGACAGAAAGAAUAAUAAUAAUAAAAAAAGACUGGAUUUUUUUUUUAAACUAUGAUUCCUUAAACUUUCUAGGCUGUCACGAAAGACAGAAGGGUCAUACUUUUUCCCAGAGCUGCCAAACUUUGCCAAAAAAAAGAAAAAAAAAGAACUUUUAGGGUUUUCCUUGCUUUGUUUUCUUUUGGUUUUUGUUUUUUCCAAUCACACGCUCCAUUGAAACAAAAUACAGACCAAUACACUCCCCUAUCUAUCGUACACUGGCAUUUUUAGGAAAGUUUGACAAAAAAUAUUAUUUUUUGACUGGACGAAAGAAAAAAAACCUGUUCUCUCUUUUUUAAAAAAAAAAAUUAAAAACACACAAAAACCCAUGGUUGAGAACCUAAGGGAUGGGGCUGAAUUAGCAAGCACCCCAACAUCCCCCACCAAUUCAUUCUGGAUACAACUGGCAUUGAUGACGGGCGCAAAAGGGCGAGGAAGGAGAUGCUUCUUGUGCAGAAAUUCAACACAGCCCUCCAGAAUGGAAAUGCAGACAGACAAAACAGGAAGCGUUGCCAUGAGUUGUUUCUUCUGUUCUUUUGGCAGGCUUGCAGCGGGAAAAAAUGAAAAAAAAAAAAAAAAAAAAACUUAGAGAAACACUAAAACGGGAGAAGAAUGGCAGUUAAACAGAUUCAGGCCUUCAAUUCUUCAAUGCCCUAUUUUCCCCCCUCUGUUAUUAAGACUUCAAGGGGUAUUGCAGUUCUGUGUUAGACCAUGGCUCAUUUGCAUACACAUUUGUCUUUUUGUGUCACUUUUAUAACUUUUUUACAGUUCAGAUACUCAUCUAUAUGUCUGUACAGAAAAAAAAAGCUGCUAUUUUUUUGUUCUUUAUCUUUGUGGAUUUAAUCUAUGAAAAAGAAAAAAAAUCUUCAGGUCAACCCUCUUUUUCCCCCCCCCCCAUCCCGUCCUUCCAUUUCCGGUGGAUUUCUUCCCUCGUGCUUUCUACUAUAUAAAGUUGGACCUUUCCACCUUCAUCCUGCCGCUUCUUUUCCCGAACCGCCGUACCUGGAAUCAUCGAUGGUUUAACACCUUUGAAAGAUUUUCCUGGUUUUGUUUUUUCUUUCUAUCUCUCCUCUUCUGUCUUCUUUUUUUUUUUUUUUUGCUUUGAAAAAAAAAUAUAUAUAUAUAUAUAUUUAUGACCGUCUGUUUGGGCUAAAGCACACUUUGUGGGAUGGACGGGAAAAGUACGUUGCCAAUCAAGGUUCAUGUCCUGUAUGUAUUGCCCUCUUAAACCAUCAUUCUCAUUCUUGGUACAUACGAUGCCCAGGUCUGUUACAGUGCAAGGUAGGAUGGAGACUCAAGUCACGAAAAAAGAGAAAAUUAACUAUUUAAUGCAAGGGUGGGCAGCUAUGGCAAUUUUAUGACCUGUGGACUUCAACUCCCAGAAUUCCUGAGCCAACAUGGAAUUCUCAUUCUUGGCCGGCUCAGGAAUUCUGGGAGUUGAAGUCCAUAGGUCAUAAAAUUGCCAUAGUUGCCAACCCUUGAUUUAGCACAGUGGUCUUCAAACCAGUCAUAAAAGGGCCAAGUUUGAAGACCCCUGAUUUAGCAAAAUUUUCUGCUGUUAGCAGUGUGGCAUUGCCUCGCCCUCCUUCUUGUUGGCCCUUUCAAGCAAACCACCACACACCCUGAAGUAUAUCAGAUGUAGGUGAACGGUUGAGUGCGGCCUUGUCUUUCCAGCCAUCAACCCUUCCAUCCUAGGAACAACAUGCAUUUCCUGCUCUGCCAGUGGUGAUUUUGCAAGGUCACUCAAAUUUCCUCUGAUUUCCGGGUGGCUUUGGCUCCUGCUGUAUCCCAAAAAAAAGGAAAUAGUGGAUGGAUACAAGUUUUGGAGAGGUCAUAAAGGUGAAACCGAAUUAAGGUGUUGUACGGGUUGGUUGAAAAAGAGGAGAGAGGUUGUUGAUGCUGGCUUAGUCCGACAUGGAAAUUCUGGGUUAGCACUGAUUAAACCAAAAAAAAAAUAAAAAAUCUGGCAGCAGAUUAAGGUUUAUUCUAGGUUGGAAAUAUUGAUUCCUCUCCUUUUAAUAUUGGCUGGGGGUUUUGUGUUUUGAGUAAGAACAAAGAAUUAAACUAUAAACUGCUAGAUUGUGACUGGAGAUAAAAGUUUUGUUUGUAGUGCUUUUUUUCUUUUUUGCUUGUGUAGCUUCAGUCCCAACCAUCUUUUCACUUCCCCGUAGUUAACUAUUUCCCCUUUUUCGAGAAAAAGAAAAAGAAAAAAAAUGUAUUCUAUGUAGGAUUCUUUUUAUUUAUUUUUUUUGUGCUCUCAGUUUAAAUCACUGUAGAAGUGCCCCAUAAUACUUUUUAAAUACUGAAAUAAGAGUUUUGUUUUGUUCUGUUUUUCUGAGUUAUGACGGGACAGUUUUUAUUUUGUUUUUCAAACAUUUUAUCUACCUCACACUUUUUUUGUGUGUAUAUAUAAAAAUAUACAUCUCACAUUUUCUCAGCAGCCGACAAUAUACUGUUGAAUACUGGCAACCUCAUUUGUUGUACAAACCACACAUCCUGCAGGUUUUAGAGAAGGAGGUCACUGCUGAACACACACAAAAAAAGAUCCCUUGGAGAAAAAAGUUGCUGCUGCUUUACAUUCACAAAUGCUUUUAUCUCUCUGGUGUGGUGUGGAUUGAAAGCAGUUUUCACUUGGUUUUGAGUAAAAAAUGAAAAGCUGCUGUCCGUCUAGUUAAAAAGAACAGGCAGGUGAAAACCCCAGGGAUACCAUCUGGUGGUGCCAAAACAGGUUAUCCGCUGGGAUGAAGUAGGGUUUAAAAAUGGGGAGUGUUAACAGGUCUGAAUCACAUGUAGACUGUGGAUAUGGAGAAGGAGGUUUAAUCCUUUUGAAGCUCUCCAGGUGCCUCCAAACUCUGAAAGAGAGAUCGGAACCAAGUGAACAUACCCACCUAAACACGAAGUACAGCUUUAUUUCUCUGGCAGAUCAGUGAAAUAGGGUUCCUUAAAACCAAGUUAGUGUAGGAUUGGAGAAAAGAAAGAGCUGCUAGUAUGUGGCAGGAACACAAAGAUAUGAUUUGCGUUUGUAGCUGAAAAAUUGUUGAGAGUUUGGGUUGUUUUCCCCGAACCUCCAAAUGAUGUUUUGCAGUUGUGAAAACUGUCAGGUGACGGAUCCUGGCUUAACUGAUCUGCCAGUCAGGUGGCAAUUCUCCAUCCUGGCCACUGUUCCUUUCCACACAGCUUGUAAUUGUUUUCCCCAGUUUGGAGUCAUCCAGUUGUGUUGAACCUGGACUCUCAGCCUGAAUUCGGGGUGUGCAUUAGCACAUCUGGAGACUCCAGGUAGAAGGAUGACUUGCUUGCUGCAUCUGAAUUAUGUCAGGCUCAACUGCAUGAUACAGAACUUAAAAUUGUGUUAAUAUCCAGCGGUUGGCCUCUAGAGAUUUGGAAAGCAUCCAAGGCCAUGUUUGAUUCUAAAAUGGGUUUGGUAAGGAACAGAUGCCUGUUAUCCUGACUAUUCUUUGCUUGAUGUCUUUCUGUUCUUUCAGGUGAUUUUUUUAUUUUUAGUUUUUUUGUGUGUGUGUGAUUUCAGUGAUGGCCUCUCCUCUCUUGCACAUACUAAUCUCCUGUUUAGAUCUUCAGAUCUUUUAACUGGUUUAAGAAGAUUUCUCUCCCCCCCCCCAACUGUCCAUGUUAUUACUUUUAGUUGUACGUAGGUGGCUUAAAAUAUUAGGAGAGAAAACUAACAUUGUAAUGCCCAUCAAGACAUACAUUUCAUAAGCAUUCAGAAAUAAGGCAGUCGUGUGAUUAAACAAGUAGGCAUAUGUGACAGGUGAGCUCACCUCAGUCAAAUCACCUCAAUUCUACCAUAGUGUUCUGCGUUCAUAUUUUUUUAAAUACCCAUGAUGGUUUCCAUAGAUGUUGUUCUUGUUAUUGGAAUCUUUUUUUGUGUUGCCCCUUUGACAUUAUCUGCUUGUCUUUUUUUUUCUCCUCAUACAGUCUUUCUGUUGAUAGUGAACCCAUAUUGUCUAUGCAUGUCAAAGAAACUCUGUUGGCUUGAUGUUGGGCACAAAGAUGCAAUUUUUUGCAGGGUUUGUGAGAGAUGGAAAAUUUAUUUUAGUUCUGGAUGGGUUUGGAUUGAAAUGAUACAACCUCAGUCACUGGAUGUGAUGAUCACGCAUAGAACUGAAUUGGCUUCACAGAUCAGAAAGUUGGACAGUUUGUUCCAUUCAUUCACGAAAAUUUGACAGCUUUUCUAAGUCCAACCAAGGGUCCAUCUUUUUUAAGUUCUUCAUUCAAACGAUGCCCCCUCACCCCAGAUCUCCCGGCACUUGGAUGUAACAGCAUUUCCAUUUUGCAAUGUACAAGCAAUGCUCACUGCUACUCCUGGUGUGUAAACCUAGAAGUGCUUAGCUUGAAUGGCUAGGCUGAUGCAGGAAAUUGUAAGUCCAACGCAACUGAAGGAGGAGCUUCCCAGUUUAAGCCAUUGGUUCUCUGUAAACCACUUUUCAUAGCAGGACUCAAUCCAGGGGCUUGGAUCUGUUUUUAGUCGAUUGCAUUGGGUGAUCUUGAGAUCUUGCAUUAUGAGGAGAAGAUGUUUGUACCUCCUUCUUCUACCAUAUUCUCUACAGCAUCCAUAUUAAGUCAGUUCAAGUCUGGGUCUCACUUUUCACUUCUCAUAAGCUCUGUUGGCAUGGAUUGCCCAUUUUUACACCUUAAUAUAUAAUACUCUGGAGAUAGGGCAGAGGGUAACCACUUGUUGUCCUGGUUAGGAAUUAUGGGAACUCAGUCUAAAAUCAAAAGAUUUUGGAAGGGUGGUUUAGACAUUACCACGUUUGCAAUUUUACUUUCAGUCCCUUUUCCUUCUCAAUUAUCAAUAGUUCGCUAGUUGCCUUCCAAUCAUCCUGUACAAGGAAGUCAAUGAACAUGUGUUUUGUUUCCAGAACCUUUGCAUGGAUGGUACGCAGUGAUGCUUGUUAAAUUUUAAUGGCCCUGCAUAUAAAAAACACAACAAUGAUUCAGCUUUAAGUUUUGAGGUGGCCUUUCCUUUAAAGAAUGGUCUGAGUCCCCUGGCUGCUUCCUUGAUGUGCAGAUGUGCGGGUUUGGCUUCAGAGCUAGGCCUGCUAUAUCAAAACAGAACUGCUCUCCACUGUUGAUUUAACUUUUGAUGUCGGAAUGGCACACAAAGCAGAGCAUCCAAGAAGACCGGUUUGCAGAUUAGCUUCCUCCGGGUUCUUCCGAGAAGGGUCUCCCAUAAAGUUAAGAUUUAAGUUUGUUAGCACUCAUGUGCCUGUUUGAUGCUAUAAAAUCCAGUUGGUCCCAGGACUGGUUGCGAGGUGGAAGUGCUGCUUACAUCUCUGGGAAAAUGCUGAGCGUUGUUUAGUACAAUCUGUUAGGUAUAUGAAUGGCACUCCUGUUGCCGGUAUAAUGUUUGAUAGAGUUAUAUUUUUUAAACGAAAUUCCAUUCCAGUAGUUGGUAACAUUUCAUUGUGACUUUUAUUUUAAGUUUGUCAAAAUAUAUUUUCCCAUGCUCUGUUCAGGUAUUCACGAUGCCUCUUCUGGCGGGGGAAUGGGGGUCAGCAACUUUUUCAGGCAUCAUAACCACCCCCUUCCCAUUUAUUUUUUAAAAAGUACGUUUGACAACUUUGCCCAAAUCCCAUAUAAUCAGAUUUUGAAAAAGAUGAACUAUUUAAAUUUUUUUUUUAAAAAAAAAAUACAUAUAUUCUUGCUUUACAUUAAGAGGUGCCAUGUGGGUGACCCCAGCUCUGGUUUAAUCCCGGCUACCCCCUAACUUCUUUCACGAUGGGGAAGGUCUGAAGGGAAAGUCUGACCUCACUUGGCUGAUCGCGCAGAGUGCUCGAUGGGGGAAAUGGUUGCAUUCCUCUCCCAUCCCCGGGAGAUUGGGAACUUGGCAAGAACGCUGCCCUCCCUUCCCUGUUCCGUGGCUAAGAUUUUUGGAACACGUGAGUAGGGCUACGGAUUCAAUCCACCGCAAUUCAUCUCUUGGCUCAUUCCUUUCCUUUCCUAGAGGUGCUGAAGAUACAGAACGUGUUGUGGGCUUUGUUCCAACAAAUUAUGAAUCCUGUUUGAAGGACCGGUUGGUUCCAAGUUGGAACACUUAACGUGUCUUCGAGUAGGUUUUAAGAACCACCAGGUUGAUCCAAAUUGAAGGAAGACACAAAUUAUGGGGCAGAAGUGCUGGUCUGCAACACACAGGUUGACUGAAGUUGAGUGUGCCAGGAAUCCUAACUAAUUUGGAAUUGGUGACGCUGAAGUCUACUGCUGGAGUUCUAGAUGUUCCAUAGACAUCUAGUUCUGGAGCAUUUCUGCUGUGGAAUCAAAUAACGUUAAGCAGAACUCCAUACAGGCUGCUGCUUCUAACACAUUGACCCCUGAGCCAAGUUUCCACAUGCAUCUGGAGCAACCAUGUUUGCAGGUUUCUCUUAAGCAUCUUAAUGGAAGGUAACUCCCAUUGGAGUCUAGGGUGGAAAUGCCCUCUGGGACAGAGUCGGCUGCAUCCAUGUAUUGGAGAAUUUGAAAGGGAUAGAUCAGGGGUAGGCAACCUUGGCUCUUUUAUGACUUGUGGACUUCAACUCCCAGAAUCCCUGAGCCGGCAUGGUUCAGCUUGGAAUCCUCUCCCUUUCCCCUCAGCAUGGCUGGCUCAGGAAUUCUGGGAGUUGAAGUCCACGAGUCAUAAAAGAGCCAAGGUUGCCUACCCCUGGAAUGGAUCAUGACCAUCUGGCCAUAACUGUUACGCAGGUUCCAGGCAGCUUUGUUGCACACAAACGUGGGUUGUGUGUGUAUAAUUGUCAUCUUUGAAUUCUGUAUCCUUUCUAUCCGCUACCGAUCCAUUAGCAUUUUCAUUGGGGCUAUUCAGUCCAGUAGAUUACGGGUAGUCAGUUGACAAAAGAUCUGGUUUACAGAAACUAACGACAUAUUUCACUACAUUUUGCAAGACUAUAGAGUAGUUUUUAUAUUAAAAAAAACACAAAAACCAUUUGUAGUUUUUAAACACUAACGAUAAUUUAAGGGCACUUUUCAGUGUGCAUGUUUUUCCUUUUUUUUUUCUUUUUCAGGAUACCAAUGUUAUUAAUUACCUUUACAGUAUGCCAAAACUAAGAGGAACCUGUAGUCACUUCUAAACCACAACUCACACAUGGCCCUGUAUGCACACCCGAUGCCCAGAUUGUGUUCUGUAUCUCCAGUAACCCAGGCUUCCAGAGAGCUCUGGAUAAGUGGGAUCAUCAAUUAAUCAUUUCACAUUUAUUGUGUUAAGGUACAGGUUGAGAAAAACCUUGCUGGUUAAGAAAACAGAACAAACAUUGGUGCUGUUAAGCAGCCUCUAGCACAGGGGUCUUCAAACUUGGCCCUUUCAUGACUUGGGGACUUCAACUCCCAGAAUUUCUCAGCCAGCAUAUGCUGGCUGAGAAAUUCUGGGAGUUGAAGUCCUCAAGUCAUGAAGGCCAUGUUUGAAGACUCCUGUUGUAUGGGGACAAUAUAGCAACAGUACACUUACUGCCUAGUUCAGGGGUCUUCAAACAUGGCCCUUUUAUGACUUGUGGACUUCAACUCCCAGAAUUCCUCAGCCAGUUGGCUGAGGACUGGCUGAGGAAUUCUGGGAGUUGAAGUCCACAAGUCAUAAAAGGGCCAAGUUUGAAGAUCCCUGAACUAGUAUUUGUCUUGGAGUUACACUGAUAUGGAAAGCAGAGGCAUGGGCAUCUGGGGAAAGGUGUUAGGGAUGGUAUUCUGCUUGGGUGAUUUGCUUUAUGACUACUUGGGUUGAAGGAUCUGAGAGCCUGGUCAGUGAUAUGAUGAAAAUGUCACUUCUAGCAUUAAUCACUUCAUGGAAAGAGAAUUUUACUUUGACCCGUUUUUUCCCCCAUUCUGUGAAAAAAGGCGGCUUAGGAGAGUGCGCAGUUUAUGUACAUAUUUAACAACUUUGAAGCUUUCUUUGAAAAGACCCAUAUUCUUUUAAAGGUCCCUAUUUAUUAUAAUUAUUUAAACAAAAAUACUAAAGACAUUAUCUAAUUUUUAUCUCAAAAGCAAGGCCCCCUCCCCUCUGCCUAAAUGAUUUUGAGUGAUUAUUCCUUUUUUUAUGAAUUUUCUGUUUUCUAAACCAGUGAGGUUUGAAAAGAAAGGAUUGGCCAGAGAUCUGUCUCUGGGACAAUAAAAUACAAUAUAAAUAUAAAUUUAAAAAAAACCUGCUAAAAACAACACCCUUCCCCUCCCCCCGACACAGACACAAACACACACAAUACACACACAAAACGACUCGAACUGAAUGCAUUUACAAAUAGAUUUUCCAACUUACCUUGUUUAAAAUAUAAACUUUUUAAAAAAAUAAAAAAAAACCGAAUAAAAUAACAUACCAAUUUAUUACAGGAAGACUUGCUGUGUAUAAAUUAUUCCUAAAGAAAUUCCUGUGUUUAUAUUAAAAUGAAUCAGUAGAUGAUGGAAAAAAAGAUCAAUGUUUUUGUAUAUUCUGUUGUAAGAAUUUAUUCCUGUUGCGAUAUACUCUGGAUUCUUUACAUUAUGAAAAAAAAGAAAAGAACUUUUGUCUAUUUUGAAUGCCUGAUGCUGAAGCUCCUUUAGUUUCUCUUACUCUGCUUUUUUCUAGUAGUUACAGUACUACAUGAUUAAGUUAAAUAAAAAUGGAUUCUGUAUGUA